UGUAGAUGCCAGCAGUCUCUUCAUUACAGGGUGUUUGUAUCGUUAGCUGUGUGCAUCAUUCAAUGGUGUGUUUGCUGUAUGUAUGAAUGUGUCUCACCUGACUGCAGAUCGCGCCGAGAGGAUAUCAUCUGAAAGCUUUAUUGCCGAAUUUCUUCCGAAAUCAAGCUUUGAUCGUUGCUGUCUCGAUGAUCUGGCCAUAACGAGGAUAUCAUAGCACUAAACUGACAACAUGGCGUUCGGAAACGGAGAUGUUUUGCGGAUAUCCACGACCCGUCUUGUUGCAGUUGUCGCAGUUCUUCUGUGUACGAAUUCAUUCGUGGACUGUCAAAUCGGUAGCAUAUCGUACGGACGUUGCGAGCCCAUUACAAUUCCGUUGUGCCAAGACGUCCCCUACAACGAAACAAUCAUGCCAAAUUUACUGAACCACCAAAGACAGGACGAAGCUGGGCUGGAAGUGCAUCAGUUUUACCCACUUGUCAAAGUGCAGUGUUCAGUGGAUCUCAAGUAUUUUCUGUGUUCCAUGUAUGCUCCGUUCUGUGCUAGAAUGCCAGAUCAACCAGCACUUCAGCCCUGCAAAUCGCUCUGCUUGAGUGCCCGUAAUGGAUGUGAGGAGCUCAUGAACAAGUUCGGCUUUUCAUGGCCGGCUAGUCUCGACUGUGACAAAUUCCCCGAAACUGGACUAUGUUUUGAUCGCAACCGCACAACAGAUAAGUUCACCAUUCCCCCUACAACCCCUCCCAAUGAAACCAAGAUGCCACCAACGACAGCCAUCAAGAAACAUGUACCUUUCACAUGUCCAAAGGAACUAGUUUAUCAGAAAGCUGGCGAUUAUGAAUUUAUGGGCGCUAAGAACUGUGGAGCCCCAUGUCAUAUGCAUUUCAACAACACCAAUGAGCAAAAAUUUGCCCGUAUAUGGAUCGGUUCCUGGGCAUUUUUAUGUGCAGUUUCAUCCCUAUUCACCGUCUUGACUUUCCUCAUCGACCGAACCCGUUUCAAGUAUCCUGAGCGACCAAUAAUCUUUCUUUCCGGAUGCUACUUUGUCAUCGCUGUAGUUUACAUUUGCGGUUUCUUCUUGGCGGACAGUGUAUCUUGCAACCGUCCAACUGCUCCAGGAAAGCUGUGGACUUUGACAAGGGGAGCCAAGCGAGAAGGCUGUACCAUCCUUUUCAUGCUCCUGUAUUACUUUCGGAUGGCAUCUUCGCUAUGGUGGGUCAUCCUCAGUCUGACGUGGUUCCUCGCUGCAGGGAUGAAAUGGGGUCACGAGGCCAUCGAGCGUAACUCUCAGUAUUUCCACUUUGCAGCUUGGUCCAUCCCCGCCAUUAAGACAAUCAUCAUUCUCGCAGUCGGUGAAAUAGACGGGGAUUCCCUCGCAGGAGUCUGCUACACCGGAGUGUCCAACAUCAACGCCCUGCGUGGGUUCGUUUUGGCGCCGUUGUUCGUUUACCUCAUCAUCGGUUCCAUAUUCCUCCUGACGGGAUUUAUCGCUCUGUUCCGUAUUAGAACUUUCAUGAAGCAAGACGGGAACAAAACAGAUAAACUAGAGAAGCUGAUGAUGCGAAUUGGACUCUUCUCUGUCUUGUACACGUUACCCGCCUCAGUAGUUAUUGGAUGUUAUUUCUACGAGCAGUCCAACCACUCCCGUUGGCAAGAGCAAUGGCGACUACAGCACUGCUCCCAGUUGAGUUUUUCCUGCACCUACGCGGAGUACUUCAGAGAUUUGUCCCGUCCAGACUUUCUGGUCUUCAUGAUCAAAUAUCUGAUGCUUUUAGUGGUUGGAAUCACAAGCGGAGUUUGGAUUUGGUCUGGAAAAACAGUUCGAUCAUGGUCGAUAUUUUACUCCAGGAUCUGUUCUCUAUUUCAGCCCAAACAACCGCCUACAAACGUAUGAUGUACUUGUUUAAAAUCGCUAGAGAAACAAACAGCACCAGACUGUAAAAGCUAAUGUUAAAUAGAGGAUUUGUGUUGAUAAAGCUAAGCUUUUUGUACUCGGUAACAUUUGAGAUUCAAGCUUGUACGUUGGACUUGUUCUCAACAGUGACGCUGUGCUUAAUAUAAAUACGCGACUAUGGUAGGAGUGACAAUGUGAGCUGGUGUGAGAAUUGUGGAAAAAGGCCAAAGGAGUGCAGUCGAUAAACCUCGCAGGAGACAGCACCCACCCACCCACCUCCAGCCCCUGGACGGAAACCAGGUGGGUGAAUUCUUGUAAAUAUGCUGUAUAAAGAAAAGUCCAAGUCAUAUUGAUGACUGAAUUGUGCCGAAUAUUGUACAUGUACUAUAUGAAAAGCAGCCAUUGUGUACUGCAUGUGUGUUUUACCAUUUAUAAAACUUUAUUCUAUUGAGAUCUGUUUUUAAUCAUACUUGUAAAUGGUUAUUUUUUUGUUGUGAUUUUUAUUUUAUUCAACACAUGCUAGGACAGGAUUCAGUAACAUGCAUGUUGCUCUGCCCAAUGUAAAUCAAUACUGUACACAAAUUCAAAUGCAGGGGUAAUUUAAUUUUAAAAUCAAGGCCUAUGUAAGGUAUGGUAGUCAAAUUCACAUAAAUAAGUGUAUUAAAAUAGCAGUAAAUGUAAGAUGCAAAAAAUGGUGUUACAAAUGUACAUACAGGGACUAGAAUCGGUCAGAAAUGAGUUGAGUCAUAUGCCGCCGCCGUCUCUUCACAGAAUCUAAUGAGCACAAACAAGCACAGUCUCAAGUACCUACAUGUUUUUAGCAUAUAUGAUGACAUUGAUGAACAGUACGUAGAUAAUGCACAGUGAAUGUAGUUACAACGUGGAAAUGUUAUAAAUGUGUCAGAACUUUUGGAAAAAAAUACUUAGGUGAACAUUUCUUGAUCUAUAAUCUGCGGAUUGAUUGGAGAAGGAGAACUGUCACUGACGAUCCCUGAAUUUGUUCCUUUUCAUGAGAAGCCAGGGCUUGGGACCAUCACCUAAGUCCUUGAGGGGAAACACAACUGUCUGGUAUGUGGUGGUGUGUGAGUGAUUAAUGGCAGCUUAAAACCCCUUUUGUUAAGUCUUUGAAAGCUGUACAGGGGAUGUGUUUUGUUACUAGCUUGCCACUGCUGAUAGAAUUGGCAGCCAUUUUGAAUGAAUCAUCAAUAUAAUGUAUUGUGUUGAUCAUUGAUGGUCGUUUUUUCCUUCUCAAUAUCGUAGCGUAAUGAGUUGAUAAUCGGUAGACGUUAAUUCAUUACUCAUUUCGGUUUCUCACUUCCACUCGGCAAUGACUGGUCUUCUAAAAUAUUUCAGUUUUCGGAAAUACUUUUCUCAAGUUUUGUCCCAAGGUUGUUUGAAAUUCAAUUUACAAAAUUUACAAUGAAAAACUGUCUAAAUUUACUCAUUGGCAAUUAUGAAAAGCAAAUUUGGAUUUGGGGAAAGAAAAAUCUUCAGUUUUCAGUUUGGAAACAAAAUACUAUCAAUUUAAAACCUGUUUAUUUGGCAAGCUAAAUAUUUAAAACUUAUUUCCUGUGACUGUACUGAUUGCUUAUCAAAUCAGCCCUUCCAAAAAUCUCAAGUAUGGAAAACGGGGUGCUUUGUCUAUGUACGGAAUGAUAGCAAAUAAACCUUUGGAGCGUUCCCACAAUGUCAAGCGCUGGUUUUGUUGAUAGCUGGGGUACAAAGGUCGAUCCGUAAACUACCACAGAAGUUAUUCCAUAGUAAAGUCUGGUGUCAGCUGGAUUCUGAUCUAGGAAUAACUUCUGCUUCAGCAAACCCAGCCUGACCUCCGCUCACUCUGCCUCAACUGUCUUUCCUUGUAGACAGAUAGAAAUCAGUUCAGUCAAGCGCUAACAAUGUGCCACAUUCAGUGGAAGACAGAAAACAAUUCACCCGAAGGCUUGAAAAAAAAAACUCAACAAUAUGUAAAUCCUCCCCAGUUUUUUUUGACACCAAAGGGUCUGGAAGAGGUAUUGAUUAUUCAUUACAGUCCUUGAUGCAAUCAUUGUGCAGACUUUUCUUCCUUUUGAAAUCUGUUUUAAUGGUUUAUCAAACGUUAUCCUAUUAUCAAAUGAGAGAAUAAUAAGUUGGCAAUUUGUGUCCAUACUGUGUAUAGGCCUAUCUAAUCAUUUAAAGUCUAUAAUAUGGUAACAGAAAUGCUAAAGGAACUGUUCAAAUGGUAAACUUAUGACUCAACUGAUUGAUGUUAAUAUUUAAUAGGCUUGGAUGGUAUGAUAAUGAGGUUUGCAACUGAUGAUACAGACACAUUUAUUGGACUUCAAAAUACGUUCAGGAAUCUUUGACAAUAUUUAUGUUUCAAGAAUAAGAAAUGUCAAGCAAAAACUAGACAAAGUUGUAAUUUUGUGCCACUUCUUUUUGCAGUUCCAAACAAAAGAAAUCAUAAUUCAUCAUGGUUCUAGUUUGACCUCUCCAAAGAGGCCAUUGCCCUAGUCCAGUCCCACUCCCACAGAAGGAACUUCAAAUUCCAAAACCCCAUUCCUGUAACUUCUCAAACUUCAAAUUCCCAUCACCUGUGCCCAAAUUGACAUCCAUCUUCCGUGCAUUUUCUGCUUGGGAGAUCAAUUUCGUAGGUCUCUAGGGCGACUCAAGGCGAGGAAUUCCUCUUGCCUGGGUUUAAAGGGGUUCGCAAUCCCCAAACUGACACUCUCAAUUCACUUGCAUUGUGUUGAUUUAUGAAAUAUGAGUAAUUAAUAAGUCUCUCAAAAUUGUCUUUUGUUAAGAUUAUGCUUAAUUGUAUCCAACCAUGGCAGACAUUUCUUAUAAAAAAAGUUAAUGAUUGGUUAAGAUAGACAAUCAAAAUUCUCAGUUGAAGUGCUGUCAGUUGCAAAAUCUCUUUAUUUUUUCCAUGAAAUAGAAACAUUGCUUGAUAAAAGAAUAAUUUGAAUGUUGAUGGAACCAUCCAUUCCAACCAUUUUUGUCUUUACCCUUGUCAAAAGGACUUCAUGAGAUUUAUCACUUCUCUUAGGAUGAACUAUAUGAAGACACUUUAAGGGGGAGGGGGGGUAAUUUUGAAAACAUCAGAACAAUCACAUAAAAUUUAUAGCUCAUAAUAACUCAAGAACUGACCAGCAGUUCAGUCAAGGUAGUUUGAAGCUUGUCCUGUUGCUAAACCUUGUUUAUUGACCAUUCCAUCCAGUAUUGGUCGCUUUUUAUACCCGCUUCAUCUCUGGUUCCUACUUGAUUAUCCAUUUGACAAUUUUUUAUACUUUAUUACAAAUUAGUGCCGAUUUACAAAGAGGUGCACAUGUCUGGGACCCUCUUGAAUUGUUAAUGGAUUGCGAACAGCUGGUGUGUGUUUUUUAAGGGGGGAGUGUGGGGUCAUAAGGGAAGAUAAUUCAAAGAGGUGUCUGCUGAAACCGAACAAUGGUCCAAAUGUUAUGAAAAUGAAUCGAAUGUAUUGUUGAGAUAUUGCUCCUGUGGUGUUUUUGUGGUGCAUGUAUUUGAAGCAAAGAAAUGAAAAUGUAACAGCUUGUAUUUAACGAUUAACGCAGUACGAUAAUGUCACUAAUAGUUUGCAAAUGAUAGAAUGGGGAAAAUAAGAUGGAUUUUUUAAAAAUAAUUAUCUGUGGUGGUCAACAUGUUUGUUAGUUUUAUAAGAAAUACAAUGUUGUUAAAAUAUUCAAAAAAAUAUCAAGUGGUUAGCAAUGACGCAAAACUGUUGCAUCAACAUCUCCUUUUUUCCUUGAACUCCCAGAAAAAAAUGAUAAUAGAUGAAAAACUGUUUGCGAGACUUUGUGUUUUGUUUUCAACAUUCGCCUUAAACUUGUGUCUGUGAUCGGAGUACAGUACUGCUAAAUGAAAACGAAAGGUCUGCAGCAAAUUUUCUGAAAAAUCUUUUUGAUUUGCUGGCACCCUUUAUCAGACAGUUUUUUGUUUACUUAAAACAGUACUGUUAAAUAUAUCAAUAAGUUUAUUGAACUAAAGAUUCAAAUUUUACAGAUUUCAAAAUAAAUGUAUGUCCAUGUCAAAAAGAAGUUAAUUCUGGUUAUAAUUAAUUGUGAAGUACUUCCUAACUUAGUUCAGAAUGUAUGUGCACAGUCAAGGUAUCAGACACAAUUUAAGGGUUAUCACCAAUAAUGUUCAAGCUAUUAUUUCUAUUCCAUUCAAUUUAAAAGUGAACCAAGACUAGUGUCAUGUAGUCUUGAACGGUUCUGUAUGG